AUGUCCCCGGACCCCCGGAACCCCCGGGGGCUGACGGAUUUUUCCCGGCUGAAUCCCGGUUUUCCUUUGCUCGGCAGGGUGAACCUGGCGCUGGCCUACACGGAGCUGACGGAGGAGCUGUGCCGGCUGCGGAACCUCAGCUCCCUGCAGAGCCAAAUCCUGCGGGCGCUGCUGCAGGAAAAGAGCCUCAACGGCGGCCAGCGCCACUCCCCGCUGUCCCAGUGCCACUCCCCGGCUCAGCAGCGCCGCUCGCCAGCCCCUCAGUGCCCCUCGCCCGUUCCUCCGGGACGCUCCCAGUGCCAAUCUCCCGCCCUCCAACGCCGCUCGCCGGGACCCCCAAGCCAAUCUCCGGCCCAGCAGCGCCGCUCGCCACAACGGCGCGGCCUGGGCGCCUCCGAGCCCCGCAAAGUGAGGGAACGGAGCCCCAAAACCGGGGAACCGCUCCCGGUGAGCCCCCCCUGGCCUUUCCGGGGCUCUUUGUACCCCAAACCCGUGGUACCGGCUCGGUGA